AUGACAGGCAGCGACUCGAGCCGCGCAGGCUCCGCCGCCCCCGACGACGACCCCUCGAAAAAGACGAGUGCAACGCAGAUUCGCAAGGCUCAGAAUCGCAUCGCACAGCGAGAGUUUCGUUUGAGGAAACAGCAAUACAUCCGCGAUCUCGAGGCCCGCGUCGAGAUUCUCUCUGGCGACAAGGAUGAACGCAUCGAACUCAUGCUACUACUCGUGCGCAAUCUCCUGCAUGAGAACAAGGAGUUGCGCAACAUGAUCAAGAACAUGUCCCAGUUCUUUGGUGAAGGCAAGUUGCCUUUGUCUUUGUUUGCUGCCAAGCUAGCUUGGCACCCCAUCAACUCGAUGCUGACGGCUGCAGGCCUCGGCUCAUGUCUCCCGCGCCUCGGCCUCACGCCGCAGAUGCUCGACGCCAUCCUGAACCGCGCCGACACGGAUACAGCCUACGAGGCCUUCGUCCAACUCAAGGCGAGCAAGGAGCAAGGCGGGAAGAACGACCCAACACCCUUCUUGUCUAAGAAGGCUGCGCGCGGGCCGAUGCCCCACUUCCCGCCCACCCCAGCGAACGCGCCUAAACGCAAGCGACGAGGGAAGAAGGACGAGGACGACGAUGACGACGACGAUUUCAUGUUCGACUUUACUGGCCAGGCCGAGGCGGCCAAGAAGGCGCGCGGUGAGACAUCCGCCGCUGGUGCGAGCGGCAGCGGCGCAGCCAUGUCGCCACUGAACGGGCUGAGCGAGUUUUUCUCCAAGGGCGGCGAGUGGGACUUUCUCUUCCCCGAUCCCGCCAACUUGGGCGUCCCCGGACCUGGGCCAUCCACAAUGGCGACAAGCACCAACGAGGUGGUCGACACAGGCGGCUUUCCAGUUCGGAUGGGCGGGGGCGGACCGCCUCUAGGCGCGGGAUUGCAGCGCGGCGCGACGAGUGGCAUCCGCACCGUGUCUUCCGGCACGUCGCCUGCCGUCGGCGUGGUGCCCCCGCCACCUAGCAACUCCGGCACUGGUCUCGGCCCCGGAAGCACGCCGAGCUCGCUGCACGAGAGUGCGCACAGCCCCAACGCCGAAGCCGAGCAUCAGCGCAGUCUCCGCGCCGCCGUCGCGCACAUCACCAACUCAGUGCCGGACACCGUAUCGAGCCCGCGCAUCGUCACCAACCCGAACAACAUGACGCAAGCGCAGGUCGAAGAGCGCCGGCGUUUGCAGGAGCAGUUGCGCAAGAGCAUGGAGGGCGAGGAGGCGACCGAGCGCAAAACCGAGGCUCUCCAACUGAUCACGUACCACCUCAACAACUUCCGCAUCAACCACGAGUACAAGCUGCCGCCGUCGCUCAUGCCGACUACCGUGCAGCGCACUAUGCCGCACGAGCACGCGAUCGACGGCAUACUGUUCCCCAGCAUCCGCGACCGCAUGAUCCUGCUGCGCGGCAAGUACGAUCUCGUCGAGGCGUUCCAUGGCUACAUCACCGAGUUUACGCUGCAUGGCGAUGACGCGCUGGACCACCGCAACUGGGAGGCGUCGGAGCGGUGGCUGCGCGAGUUUGGUGAACUUGCCGACGAAGAGGUUUUCGCCGUGACGAACAGGUGGCGCGCGCAGCGCGGCCUCCCGCCAGUCCACCCAGCCUCGUCUGGUGGCGAGGCUGGGACAGGUGGGCUGGGCACUGGCGCGGGCCUGGCCGCCGAGUUCCUUGCAAAUCAGUAG